AAAGUUAGUUCUUUCUUUGCCGUGAAUCUAUCAGUAUCUUGGUCCGCUUCCGAGGAUCAGGAUCUGUUACCGAGAGUGUGCGUGUGUAUUUAACAAGUAUAGGCUUUCCAGCAGAAAAGCAGUUUACCACACAAGGAAACCUCUUCGAUUAUUUCGAAACGAAGGAAUAGUAAAAACUACUAAAAUGUUUCGAUUUAUAUUGGUAUCAACGUUGCUUGUAGCAGCAGCCGCCCAAUACCAAGGUGGUUACAAUCGGGAUCCGAAGACUGCUGCUAUCCUGAGUGAACAGCGCUAUCUUUCCGGAGACGGCAAGUUUGGUGCUGCAUACGACCAGGAAGAUGGAACUAACUUCAAAGAGGAAACGGAUGCCGAUGGUAACCGUCGUGGAUCCUACAGCUAUCUUGAUCCAUCUGGACAAAGAAAGACUGUCUCCUACGUCGCUGGAAAGAAUGGGUUCCAAGCAUCUGGUGAUCAUCUUCCAGUAGCACCAGCUGCUCCAGCUCAUGCUGCUCCUCAGCCUCAGUACCAACCACAGGCUCAGUACCAGCCGGAACCACAGUACCAGCAACAGCCGCAGUACCAGCCACAGUUCAGCAGCAGUGGACGCAGCUUUGAUAACCAGGGUUAUGACGAUGGACAGUACGACCCUCGCUGGAACGAUCCAUCAUUCAGCGAACAACACUCGCGCCAGGCUCCGGCUCCAGCUCCAGCACCAGCUCCGGUCCAUAAUUAUCGUCCAGUUCCAGCCCCAGCACCGGUAGCUCCUGCUCCGCAAUAUAGUCACUACAAUCAUGCCCAGGCUGGUCCACAGCAACACCAGGAUUGGACUACUCAGGCUCCCCAUCGAUUCCAGCCACCAGGCAAACUGCAGCUGAACAGAACUCCAGAUGGUUUCAGUUACUCGUUCAACAAAGUUUAGGUUAGCGAUACUGAAUGCAAGUCAAAGAGAGUACGAGAAAGAUAGCGAUCGUGUGUGUGAGAUAGAGAGAUAAUAUGUGAAACUAUUGAACCUCAAAGGAUUUCCUUCUUCUCCCUUACCACAGAUCCUUUGGAAUUUCCUACCCCCUUUCUAAUUUGCAUGUAUUCUGUUCACUGUUCGUUUUAGUAGUCGAGUAAGAGUUACUGCCUGUUGUGAUAUAAGUACGUAAGAGAGGUCCAGUGGAUAAUUUUUGUCCACGCUAUAGUAGUUGAAUCUUAUUUAAAGAACCCCCCUCCCCGUUUUAACCAAGAUACUAUUCUUCCCUAAAUUGAUUCAUUGCUGCCCGAAAAAUUCAAUUGCAUAUCGAUUGAAAAUAAGAAAAAUUCAAACAUUAUAA